GUACAGCGCGUAAAAGCUACUGGGCACCGCUGUCAGCGCGGAGACGCAUAUUGGACACCGUACACCUCAGCAACUCCAUUCCUCUGAACGGGCCACACGGAGGUGCAUGGCCCCAUCCCCUUGUAUCAUGAUGAAUCCUGUGCAGGGGUCGCCGUCCCAAGACGCCAAACAGCUUCAUCAAAAAGAGGAGACGGAUACGGAGGGCGAGGAACUUCAGCCCAAAGACAUGACCACUGAGAAAGGAUACAAACUCCAGCGGAGCAGCCUCCCGUUUAGCGUCGAGUCGUUGAUUUCCAAGAAGACUACCUGUCGGACUUCUUAUUUCUCCUCAGACUUAGCUGUGGUCCUGCCGAAGCCCGUGGCCGGGCAAGGCGCGCAGUUCUCUCCAAGGACUCUUUACGCGGAGAGGAAGGUUUCCGCGGAGAGCUCGCAGGGUGUUUCCAGUAGUUCCAGCGAGGACAGUCCGCAGUUUUGUGAGAAAGAUCAGAGCACUUGGUUCCAGACGUCUUCCUUUUCCACUCCGUCUCGGAGCGCAAGUCCAACUCAGUGUACUUUAAGGAAACACAAAAACAACAGGAAACCUCGCACGCCCUUCACUACCUCCCAGCUACUGGCGCUGGAGCGCAAGUUUCGCCAGAAGCAGUACCUCUCCAUCGCCGAGAGAGCCGAGUUCUCCAACUCUCUCAACCUGACGGAGACUCAGGUCAAAAUUUGGUUUCAGAACAGGAGGGCCAAAGCCAAGAGACUGCAGGAGGCCGAGCUGGAAAAGUUUAAACUGGCCUCCAAGCCCGUCCUGCCCGCCUUUGCGCUGCCGUUCCCCCUCGGAGCGCACAUGGGGUCUCCGACAUGGGGCCCGUCAAACGCCUUCCCGAGGCCCAGUCUGCCGGUCCCAGGACUGUUCAGCGGACCCGUCACUUAUGGGAUGUACUAUUUGUCUUAGUAUUACUGUGUGUGUGUGUGUGUGUGUGUGUGUGUGUGUGUGUGUGUGUGUGUGUGUGUGUGUGUGUGCGUGUGUGUGGUUUUAAGAGAAAAAUGUCUUCUGUCCCGGUUGCAAUACACUUAUGAAUGAGGAUGAUGCGUUUUUCUACAUCUCGGAAAACAUUUUUGGUUGGGUUUUUAUUUUUUCAAUUUGGAGUUUAGAGAAAUGUUCUAAACCUCCAGAACAGAAAACAAUUAAAAAUGGGACACAUUUUGAUAUAUAACUGUGUGUGUAAUUGGACUGAGUGAGUUCACUUGCUCUCCUCAUUGUAAGACAGCGUCCAGUUCUGUGGAUUGUGGAUUCACAGGCCGAAAUUACUGAGGCGAUACUCCAAAAGUAAAUGUCAGGUUUUUAAACGACAUGCCUUAAAUAUCUCAUUCCAGUCCUUCCGCCGUGCUCCGCAGUAGUUUGUGUAAAUGGCCAUUUAAAGUGUGUCCAGACAUGAAAGCAAUGAUCUACUGAAGCGGAGGGAAAAUUGUUUAAAAGCAAUAGAAAAGUACUUAAACGGUGUCAGUGCCUUAAGACCAUUGUAUGACUUGAAGUAUUUCUCCUCAUUCAGCAUUGACUGUUUCUGGUGAAACUGCAGUUUUCCCAGAGUUGCUGUUUGAAUGUUUGCCUUUCCUUACAGCAGUUCCUGUCACGAUUUCUAUAUUUUGUAAACAUGGAGCAAAAUUAUAUUUUAGAAAAACACAUGUAUUAGAUCUUUUGUUUUGUUUUUUUGUUUUUUACUCUCACGACGUGGCCUUUAUGGGAGUGAUACUAGAUUUUUCUUUGAGGAAUUUCGCUGUAACUGUAAAUAAAAUGUGUAGUGUUCAUAAAGCCCUGCAGCAUCGCUUGAAGAGCAGCAGGAAAAGUGGUAUUUAUUGAAUAUCUUUGUAUCUGUACUGUGUACAUACAUCACUCUAUCUAAAUGCUCAGUUACUUGUAAAAACUGAUUUUAGUAAAUAAACAUUAUACAAGACCUA